AUCUUCGUUUCAGAAAAUUAAUUACAAUUAUAAUCCCUUUACUCCCACAAUAUUUAACAACAAAAACAAAGAACUAUGAACAAAUCCACAGAUUAUCCUUCUUCUUCCUCCUCCCAAUUUACAGAUUUCUUCUCUUCCUCGUUUUCCGUUGCUUUGUCCUAAUGAUUCUACAAGCGUCGUCGUUCAAUAUCGUCGUUCCACUCUCCGGUUCUUCCCGCGUUCGUUCCCGUCACAGCCAUGUCGUUCGAGCUCAAGGGGAACCGUCCGACAAGUCGGUCGAAAUAAUGAGGAAAUUCUCGGAGCAGUAUGCUCGCAAGUCAGGAACGUAUUUCUGUGUGGACAAGGGGGUUACUGCUGUUGUAAUCAAGGGACUGGCAGAUCACAAAGAUACAUUGGGUGCACCACUCUGUCCCUGUCGGCAUUAUGAUGACAAAGCUGCUGAGGUUGCACAAGGUUUUUGGAAUUGUCCAUGUGUUCCAAUGAGAGAAAGGAAAGAGUGUCACUGCAUGCUUUUCCUAACUCCUGAGAACGACUUUGCAGGCAACGACCAGGUGAUCACCAUGGAAGAUAUCAAGGCAACAACAGCAAACAUGUAACCUUCAAUUUCCACUUGUUAAUUUCAUUCACAGUACUUCAUACUGUGCUAUGAUGAUUGAAAGGGGUGGAAAUAUACAAGUAUAAUUAUGUAUGUAACACUACAUGCUGAUGAGAUCAUGAAUUGUUGUGCCAUAUCUGCCACUGACAAAUGAUUACAUUUCUUUUCCAUGGUAUUUGUAACAUGUAAGUUUUGACCUUUGGCUUAGUUUGGCUAGAACCAUACAUGGAUGGGUGUUUUGGGAGAGGAUCCAAUGCAGGAGUGGUUAGUGGUGAAAAAUAUGAGUUAGGAGAAAGAACCCUAUAUGGAUAGGUAUUCCUUUUCGGGUUAUUAGAGGUUUGAAUUUGCAUACUCCAUACCUUUUCCUUUUACUUUCGAGAUGAGCGAUUGGAAAAGUAAUAAUAAUUAUAAUCAAUAAAGAUGUUGCUAUUCCUAUUC